UCUAUGGUGCGAGGUGAAUGAAUGGUGCUGUGUUAGCGUGUUGGUAAGAGAGGACUGGCGUUGUUUUCAUCGCGGUUUUGACAAUAUAAGCCAUCCUAACAGAGGACAAGCGAGGUAAUACUAUCAGGCUUGCUCUGCAGUAAUGAUCGAACCCAAGAAACGCGCUGCCGAUAUGGCAGUGGUCCCAACCGCUGUGAAGAGGCCGCGCAACGAGCUUGUAGCUGCCGUUCAGUCCCAACAACUCAUGCCUACGGGACCCCCGCGCUGCUCCAGCCUCGAAGCCCCGAUUAUGCUGCUCUCCGGGCAUGACGGGGAGAUCUACGGCUGCAAAUUUCACCCCAAUGGAGCCACAUUAGCCUCGGCUGGCUAUGACCGCCUCAUCUUGAUGUGGAACGUGUAUGGAGAGUGCGAAAAUUACGCGACGCUAAAGGGACACAGUGGAGCAGUUAUGGAACUUCAGUACAACACAGACGGGAGCCUGCUGUUCUCCGCCAGCACCGAUAAGACGGUGUGUGUCUGGGACGCAGAGACAGGUGAACGUGUGAAACGUCUGAAAGGCCAUACCUCCUUCGUUAACUCGUGUUACCCUGCGCGCCGUGGCCCUCAGCUGGUGUGCACGGGCAGCGACGAUGGCACCGUCAAGUUGUGGGACAUCCGAAAGAAGGCACCCGUUCACACUUUUCAGAACACCUACCAGGUGCUCAGCGUCACCUUCAACGACACCAGCGACCAGAUCAUGUCCGGAGGCAUUGAUAAUGACAUUAAGGUUUGGGACCUGAGACAAAAUAAGUUGAUAUACAGUAUGCAAGGUCACGGGGACUCUGUGACAGGACUCUGUCUUAGCGCAGAGGGAUCCUACCUGCUCUCCAACUCCAUGGACAACACCGUGCGCGUAUGGGAUGUCCGGCCAUUUGCUCCGAAGGAGAGGUGUGUGAAGGUCUUCCAGGGGAAUGUUCACAACUUUGAAAAGAACCUUCUGCGUUGCUCCUGGUCUCCGGAUGGCAGUAAGAUUGCUGCUGGAUCCGCUGACAGGUUUGUGUAUGUCUGGGACACCACGUCCCGCAGGAUUCUCUACAAACUUCCGGGUCAUGCUGGAUCAGUCAACGAGGUCAGCUUUCACCCUGAGGAGUCUAUUGUGCUGUCUUGCUCCAGUGACAAACGACUGUACAUGGGAGAGAUCCAGUGAAACUGACAUGUCUUUGUAAACUGGAGGGAUAGCCAUUGAAGGACAUUUGGUGGUGUGUUCAACAGUGUGUGUGUGUGUGUGUGUGUGUGUGUGUGUGUGUGUGUGUGUGUGUGUGUGUGUGUGUGUGUGUGUGUGUGUGUGUGUGUGUGUGUGUGUGUGUGUGUGUGUGUGUGUGUGUGUGUGUGUGUGUGUGUGGACGCAUAUGUACGCAAUGCUGUGUGUGUAUAUGAGAGAAUGAAAUACACGUGACUUUUUUAUAUGUGUGGAUUUUUUUUUAUAUAAAAGUCUUGAAAACGUGAAUAUUUUUGACGUCUUUGAAUAAACUUGCCAAUGAAAUACCAAUUUAGGUGUAUUAUUCUGUCUUGUUGGGGCUAGCUAACCAAGUACUUGUGUGAAAUCUUCACAACAUCUUUGUUGUUUUCAUUCCCAAUCCAAAAUUGGUGGAGUGGUAGUGAAUUUCCGAAUUUUAUUUGAAUUUGCAACUAGUCACUUUACAUA